AUGGCUCGUGUCAAGCCGAUACUGUCCUUCUCACCAUUACAGGGUGGGCAUGCGAAGAAGCAGAGACAUGAUGGACGGAAGUCGCCCAGAGUGGGCGCUCCCCCAGCCUUGUCUCCAUCACAGCGGCGGAAGUUGAUUCGGCUUUACUUCCUGACCAAUAUGACCCUGGAAGACAUAUGUCGUGUGAUCAGCUUUCAUUCUAGACCUGUCCAGAAGCGAACCGUGCAGAACACGCUUCAUGACCUCCUACGGGUACGGUAUGAUCGAAUGCGAGCAAAAGAUGUCGUUGCGAGAAGACGCCGGGUCUCUCAGAUACUUGCGUGCAGCUCUGAGACUGCAGUCAAGCGUCACGACGACGCCUUCUUGAAAACUUCCGAGCCGUACAUAAGUCAAAGAUUGGCACCAGACGAGUCUCACUUUGGAAGCGAGUUGUCUCCAACUCUCUCAACUUUUUGUGCUGAUGGGAGUUCAACAAGUGGCUCUCUCUCGACUGAUCUACCGAGCCCCAGCACUGCACCGAGCCCUUUCAACGAGCUGAACUACGGAUGGAUGCCAGGUGUCGAAUUGCAUGGCACAACUUCGGGAGAUCAUUUUGAUUAUGUCCCUGCCCAACACCAGUUCUCGUCACUGGGGCAAAACCCCACCCUAUGUUUCGAUACUUCGGCGCAGCCGCCAGCUCAAAUCAUUUCCGUGGAUCCUAUGUUACCUUUCAUCACCGAUCCUGAGCACCUCGAGAAACUCGUGAACCCUCUUAAGAGACCUGCGCCGCAAGUUUUCGAUGGAGUCUCUGCCAAACUUUCUACAUCAUUUUUCCUCCCUGGGACCCGUUUUGAGGACACAGAUCUGGACUCUUUGAACCUCGCUGAUUUAUUCAGACCGGAGACUUAUACAAUGCUAGAAGACGCGCCCACCGAACCUGUGACUGCCGAGUCGUACGAGGCCCCUGCAUUCAAUGGAGUGAUGAGUGGUCUGACAGUUCUUGACACAGAGAAACCUGCCGAUGAGCAAACCCACUCAAAUACCGCCAUGGCCUCCUCCACCAUCGAAAGGCUUUCUGGGAAGGCUACCAAUACAUCAACCAGAAACAGAAUAUCAACUUCCUCGUCCCGUCUUAGUUCGUUAAUAAUCAGGUUCUCCGCCUAUUCUCUGUCUCACAAACAGGACAUGCUAGAAAUACUGCGACAUUCUUUAUGUUCGAUAAGUUCCACCAGGACUUCAUUUUCUCUUCUACGCAAACCAGUUGUGCAAGUAGAGGGAAAUCCUACAAGAGGAAUUCCGGAUUCUCUAUCAAAAUGGAUGGCUCAUUCCUGCUCAGCUAAGGAGCAUGAGCCGAAUAUGCCGAUCAUAUUAUUCAAGUCCUGUGGAAUUUCGCUCUCUGCAGCUGCCAAUGCCACAUGCAUACAGAGUCCUAAUAUUCUGCAUGGUCGCAAUUUUGCCAGGUCGUAUUGUUGGGAUGCUAUCUCAUGCGGUUUGGGUUCUGGGGCGGACACUGCACAUGCCACGGUACACGCAACAAUAUUCUAUGAGAAGAGGGGAGCGACAUAUUACUUACCCAUCCGUUGGCAAGAUAGAUUCGGAAAUACGAGACUUCAUCUAGCUGCGGCAAUAGGAGCGGACUACAAGUUCUUACAGUCUCUGAUUGAACAGGGAGAGUCAAUCAAUGCAGUCAAUACCUUCGGCCAAUCUUUCAUGCACGUCAUUGUUCCCGGGCCUGGAGUCUCUAAUUUGACGAGCUUCUUGAAUUGGUUGGGAUCAAAGGGAUUCAAUUUCAGCACUCGAGAUCUACAGGGUCAGACGUACAUGCACGAAUGUUUGAAACAGGCUCGUCAUAUCGAGGCGUCAUCCCCUCUGCCUUCCGGUCUCUAUCGAGACAACUCUUCAUUCACCCUCAAAAAAGCCUCCUCAACUUCCACAACUCAACAUUUCCUUUCCUCGAUCUAUGGAACAGUGAAGCCGGGAGUUGAUCUCGACCGUGUGUUUACAGACAAAGAUGAUCUUAAACAUGUACACAGACAGAUCUCAAGCGCCAUCUCUAUGGUCUAUUCUAGAACCAAGUUGUACGAGCUCAUCGAGUCUCGCGCGUCAGAUGUCAUCGCAUAUCCUCAUGACCUUCAUGGUUUGAAACUUCGCAAUCUUGCUCGAUCUACCACCGACCCCAACCAGUAUGACUCCUACGGCUUGACUACAAUGAUGAAUUACAUCGCCAGAAGUAGAUCCAGUGAACAAGAAGACGGAGUCAUGAUUGAGACAUUAAUUCUCGCUGGUGCUGAUGUUGAAUUUCGCAACUCUUUUGGUGCGACUGCACUUCACAUAGCUGUUGUCGACGGUAACAUUGGCGCUACAAAAGCACUCCUCAAGUAUGAGGCUAACGUUCAUGCGAGAACCUUCCAAGGCCACGGAGUCCUCGCCUUAGCGGCGGACGCCAGGUCCAGAUCACAAGACGAGUCUUUGUAUGCUCGAAUUACCUUAUGUAUGGCCUUGAUCAUCGAUGCAGGAGCUGUCGCCAAUCCAACUUACUUACAGGAAUGGAGCCUGCGAUCUCUACAGAACACAGGCCCAAUUGAUGUUUGUGGCUGCACUAUCGACGAGGAAGUCCUUCAGGAUGAUCCACCACCGGUCAUCUGGUGGGAGCCUCCGUUCCUUCCUGACUUUACGAAGCCGACAGGGGAGUUGGUUCGUCAACCAAAAUACAAGAUCUUAGUUCGACGACGUGAUCCGGCGUCUCCCGUCCUCGAAACCGCCUUCUCAAGGUUGAAAACGCAAGCCGACAUGGCCAUAACAGAGCAGUACAAGAAAGCCUCGGUUGAUUUUCUAGAGAAAGGCACAAGCCGUGAGUGGGAAUGGGGACAUUACAGGCUGGGGCUUGCUGCGCCUGCUGAAAAGUCUAUGAGCAACGCAGCCGCUAGAUUCCAUCUCGUAAUGCUACAGCAGGGAUUUGAGACAACGGUAGGUUGA